CCACUCCCCUCCAGCCUGGGCAACACAGUGAGACCCCGUGUCAAAAAUAAAAAACAAAACCAAAAAGAAUAGGAACCUGGAGCUGGAAAUGUAGUUCAGAAUUGAACACUUGAAUUUGAGAGUCAUUUACCUUGUGCUGAUAGUUGAAACUAAAGUGUAGGCAAACUGCUAAUAGAGGAAGACGCAGAGAGAGAAGGAGAAAGAUAAAAUCGUGGAAGGGAAUUGAGAAGGGGCCCAGAAAUAGAGCAGUGAGAGAGGCAGGGGGAGGCGCCUCUGUAUUCUUCAUCUAAAAGACAUCAUUGGACAAGCAAUAUGUUUUGAGUGAGUGAGGAGUAGAGAACCAGAAAAGGAUUUCUCCUCUUUUAAUAUUGCUUUAAAAAUAUUCUAAGUCAAACAAACCUGAAACUGAGGAGCUCUCAAUUAUCCGUAGAGCAUGAAUUCAUUUAUCUGUCAAGAAAACUCAUGGACCUUACCUGAAGAAAUGAACUAUAUUGAUCUAAGAAUUAUUUCUAUGAAGAGUCCAUGCCUCAAAAACAGUUGUGAAUUCUGGAUGGUGGAAACAUGUUUUAUUUUUAAUUCUUUAUACUUCAAACAUUUUUUUUUUUUUUAAAUAGCACAUUUGUGUGCAAUAGGCAUUUGGUCAUUUGGCAACAAUCACGUGUGAAUUGUUGAAUUACCAGAGAACCAACAUGAUUGUCAUUGCCAUUUUACCUUUUGGGAUUUCUGAAUUUGGGUUUUUGGGUGUUGGUGAAUUUGUUUGGGUUACAUUGUAUGGCCAGGCUCCUUAACACUCUAGAUCGGGUUUGGCAGGCUACUGCCUAAAGCCAGCUGGUCACAUCCUGCCUGCGGCUGGAUUUUUGUAUGGCCUGUGAGGUAAGAUGGUUUUUUACCCUUGUUGAGGAUAAUAAAAAAAAAACAAACAAGAACAUGUGACAGAGACCAUAAGUGGCCCACAAAGCCUAAAAUAUUUACAAUCUGACUCUUUGGAGAAAAGUUUGCCAGCUCCCUUCUUAGGUUAUAAGUUGCACGUGAAAGGAAUCCAAAAUUUCAUAGGAAAAGCUCAAAGUGAUGACUUCAAUUCCAGAAUGUCUUGAAUGUCUUAACAUUUUUAAAGAGUGACUUACCUGUUGAAUCAGGAGAACACAUUUUUGGUGGUGAAAUGAAGACUUGAUUGAAAGAGUGCCUUGUAUGAUUUGAGGAGUGCAGACAGAGGAUAAAGGGACUUCUGUAUUGUAUGAUGUUUCAGAAUAGUUCUGGGAAGUGUCAGCAUAUUCUGGUACCUUUGUUGUGUUUAAUUUAUCCCAGACAGCCUCAAGUAAACACUAGAAUUUGUAUGUUGCAGCAAGAUAUGCAAAGUAAAAUCAAAUAUAUAUGCGAGAUUGUAUUAUUUUAUUGUAUUUUGCUGGUCCUCUGAAGAGACUUUUUUUCUAGUUGCAAAAAAUUAAAAUCCUCGAGUGUUAGAUGUUAGAAACUUUUUGAAUUAUGUAAUUUCUUUAUUUCAGUAGUGUUUCAUAUCACCUCCUUCUGUCUUUGUAAUGAGAUGUUAUCAAUCUGUUCUGAGCAUAGUUUUUUUUCAGUCUUGAAUCCUCCUUGUAUCUUCCUAUUCUAUCAGAAUCUGCAAGUUCUAGGAUAUAAAAGUUGAUUUGAAACAGUUCUGUAACACUAAACAGACGACUGCUUAGUGAGACUCUGUCUAAUCAGUUGCUAAAUAAUUCUCUCUCAAAAGCAGAUUUGAUAUUUACAUUUUGAUUUUCAUAUUCUGCUCACAAUGUUUGUUGACGGUGUCUGACAUUCCCUGCCACUGGAUAAAUAAAGCCUAUUUCCUUUUCAACAUUUUAGGCUAUUAUUCUCAUACAAGAGCUAAUAAGCAGAAGGUCAGAUAUAUUACCAAACUAUGGUCCUGUCUAUCAGAAGAAGCCAGGAACCUUGAUUAAUAUGCCUUGUUAACUGAUGAUUUCAGUUCCAUACUGGUAGUGCUAGAAUAAUUUGUAUAAACCAAGCAGUACAGAUUCCUUAUUUUAGCACUAAGACUUACAAAGGCUUCUUUUAGCAGCCUUUAAUUUUGUACUUAGGUAUGUGACAUAGCCUGUGGCUGUGAUAGCUACUGUGAAUCUGCAGUUGUUUUGGGAUGAAAGGAAGAGGCAGCUGGAAACUCGGUAGCUACAUCUAGCUGUCUACCUAGAGAGGGCCUUGAUUUCAAGUUUAUCUAAACAAGCUCGACUAAUCCCAACUAUCUAGGGGGAUCCACUGUCAAAACAAGCAGCGUGGCCCUGAGGCAAACACAGCUAUACAGAAAUGAAGGCUGGGGCUUCCAAUACUCCGAUGACUGCAUACUGGAGGCCUUUUUCCCCCCUGAAAGAGGGUAAGAGAGGUAGAAUUUGCAUAAUGCCUUUUCAUUGGAAACUUUUGGAAAGCUGACAGACCUUCAGCUUAUAGAUUUGUAGCCACAAUACAGAGUCUAUAGGAGAAUCCUUGAAUGACCUAACCAUAUUGAAAGAAAAUAUAAAAGCGUCCAAGUAUAGCCAAGUGAGAGAGGAAAAGAGGCUGAUGUAUUGUCUAACAUCUGCUGUACUUCUCGUUAGUUUUGUUCUUUGCUAUUCUGUGUGGACUUUGGAGAAGCCUAAGACAGCCUAACAUGAAUCCUAUAAUCUUCCUUCUGAAUAUUUAUGUAGCGUGCCAGCUUCUAAGCUGUCCUUUGCGUUUUCCUACUUCCCCCUCAUUUUCAUGCUCUCAAAUGAGGCCAACAUUUCAAAAGCUAAAUAAAUGUUUGUGAAUGUUUAUAAAAGAUUUGCAUAAAUUUGUCCUUGUCUGACAAAGAUCACUUUUUUCUUAUGCCAGUUCUGAAAAAAAAUUUUUUAAGGUUUUGGUGCUUGUCUUGACAACAAAGUCCUGCAUCCCAGAACAAUGAUUGCUGAUUAAGUGGGUAUGCAAUUGUGACUGAAUAGGCUUUCAAGAUUCUGAGUAAAAAGACCUAUCAUCUGAAGGCUGAAUUAUAGAAUUUAGAAAAUGUUAUCAGAAGUACACAUUUAAAUCUAUUUUUUGGUACCAUAUCAUUAGGUAAGACAAAGCAUUCUUACAGUUAAAAAUAUAGCCACCCAUCGUUUAAAAAAUUCUCCUGUAUAAAUUUUAAUAAUUAGAAUGUUUCAAUAACUCAGUAUAUCACUUUUCUUCCCUAUGUUUGAACAUAUUUAAAAAUAAUUUUUAGACCUUUAGGUACUUUUUGGAAACUGUAGCUCUACCAGUUGUAUGUGUUAAUACGGUUACUGGGGUGGUGAUCAGAGGGAAUUUACUAGGCAGUCCUUUAAGAUAUUUGAAUGCUCAAUCAUACCUUGAGAAAAUAUGAACUACAUGAAAUAUGUGUUAGGGUUUAAUUACAGGACACACACACACAGCGCCCAGACACUUAUGUGACCGACGGGUGUUUGCUGAAUUCGUUUAUCUUUUAAAAUUAGAAUGGAUUUUGUGGGGUGGCAGGGGAAGUUGUGGGUAGAGGUGCUAAUUUAGUUCAGAGAUAUUUGAAGAUUGGCAGGAGAGAGAGGUAACAGCCAGUUCUGUUAGUCCUUUGGUUGUAUUGGUUUAGAGGUUUAAGUUGUCAUUAAGGCACAAACUAGAGCCACUUCUCUGACACAGUUUUUAUCACAUCUGCUAGGCUUGUGUCCCAAGAGGAGACGUCGAGAGCAGUGAAUUCAGCAUGGGCCCAUUAUCGACUGCUUUUUCGUGUGUUGUAAAAGGAGUGAGACCUCAGGGAGGCUUGGAGCCUCCUCCCGUGUAAUGUCCAAGUCAGAUUUGAAGGACUGGUGGCAGGAAAGCUUUGGCCUUGGGGUGUGAAUUCUAAGAAAUAGAGGCACAAUUAAGUUUAAAAAAUUCAAGGACUUUGAGCUUGAUAAUGAAAGAUUUUUCUCUAGACUAAUGUGAGCAGAAAAGUUGCCCAUCUGUGCACAUUUUUGUGUGCAUUUAAAAUAUUUAAAGGCUGACAGCUUUUAAUAUGCUUACAAAAUAGUAUUUUUAUCAGUGCUCUUUUUUUUUUCUUUUCUUUUUAAAUAGUAUCUUCCUAAGGGCAAGUUGCCUCUUCACUGAAAUCAUGUUUGCAGUGUACUGUUGGGACCCCUAUUCCUUUGGUGUAUUCUGACUUGUGUCCUCUCCUCCCGCCUUCCUUUUGGAAAUAUUGAUAACAUAAAUAUUCAGAUAACAGGAAUUAAAAUGCUUAAGAAAAUGAGCAAGAGAAAAUAUUUUAGAGUAAUCAUAUUACUCUAAAAUUACCACUGAAUUCUGAUGCCACUGAAUGCUAAUUGUUAAGAGAUCAUAACCAAAUAAUUUGUUCAUUUUGGAAGUACAGCAUUUGAAGCAAGUGUGAAGAAUUUUGUUGCCAUUUCAUGCUGACCUUAUAAAUACAGCUCUCUCAUUUUCAACCACUUUGUGUAAGAUUUAAAAUUAAUAAAAGGGAAUCUUGGAAUGGAGGAUAUUAUGUGAUCAUGGAACAACUUUGUUUUAGAUAAGUUCGAAGAAAGGGGAGGAUGCAAAAGGAUAAAGUAAUUGUAUUAAAAAGUUUUAAAAGUAAGAUUCUGUAUUUUUGCUUCAGACUUCAAAGGCCAUGAAGGUUUAUACUUAAAAGUAGUUUCGGAGGGGUCUCUUUUGCUGUCAAAAGCCUUCUUCUUCUGCACUUACUGUCCUCGAUAAUUUAGGAACUCAGUUUAUAUAAUAUAUGUUUAUAGAAUUUGAUGGAUUUAUUAUAAUUUUACCUUUGAAUUCCAACGUGGAAACUACAUAUUAGAUAUCACAAAUUAGCAAAAUUAUGACUCAGAAUUAACUGAAGUUUAUAAAAAGUAAACUAGGGGUAAAUAUUGAAAUGUACCAAAGAAAGGAAGCAGACUCUGUAGCAUUUGAGCAGCGUUGUUAGAAAUUUGACCUGGCUUUUAUGUUUGGGUGUUGAAAGGCCUUUCUGUAAAACCUCUUAUUCCAGGCUUCUUUUUCCCACUGAAGAAUAUUAAAAUUUGGUUGUAAUUACACUAUGGGCCUUGGAUUUAAUUUGACACUUAUAGUGAAGGAGAAAAAUUUUAUUUCCUGUGUUCACGUUUAGGAAACUUCUGAUCAACAUUCUUGAACUUGGUGCUAAUUAAGCCUCCAAGAACAACUGCUUUACCCUUCUUAAUCAUCAGCAUUUAAAACCUUUGUUAGCGUUCAUUGGGAGUCCCUGGUUUUAACUUGAAAUGGCUUAAAGUAGAAAUUUUGUUAGCUUUUUUGUAUGUUUGGAUUUUGUGUGUGUUCUGUUUUUAAGUUUCAACUUGAGUUUUAAGAUCAUCAAUCAGAGGCUUUUCUUUUAAGUCAGUGGCACUGCUCACAAUUGCAGGACUUAGAGGUUCAGCAUCUCCCUCAUGGUAUUAAAAAAAAUUUAAACAUAGGGAGUAUUUUAGGAAUUUGAGCUCUGCUGAUCUUUUCAUCACACACCUACAUUUUGAAAUGAACAAAUAAAUUAGAUAUAAGAAACCCAGGAAAUGUUCUCCCACGGUUUCCCUUCCUCUCCCUCUUUCACUCUUGUUUUUGGACAAAGGUAAAUCAUCAACUGCUACAUCAGCUUUCAGCAAGCCACAAAGAGGUUAAUUGUAGAUUUACAUAUUUUAAAAUACAUUCAUUUAUUCAAGCUAUUUCUUUUCUUUAUUUAAAUCUUUUUCUGCACACAUUUUUUUCCCUUUGAACUAUUGAGAAUAUGCCUCAUCUUCUUAUGUUCUGUAACUCCAGUGGACACUAUAAUCACCCUGCACUUUUAUCUUUCAGAUGGCAUUUAUUUAUGGGGUGUGUAUGUCUGUGUCUGACUGUCAGUUGUUUUCAUCUGCCAAAUAAAACUAAUUUUUGUUUAUAGGUUUCAAUGAAGCAAUGAAAACAAAGUAUUUGACGUCUGGAAUGUUGGUUGUUGCAGGAUUUCCUAUACCCGUCUACCUAGCACCCCAAGGUCAGGGUGAAUUAGUUUAGCCUUCUCAUUAAUAAUCCCAGUUAACUUCAUUGAAUUUAGUUUUCAAAGUUUUGCUUCCAGAUAGGAUUCUUUAAUAUUAUACAUUUAAAAGUUUACUGGGUUCUUAGGUUCAGUGUCAACUGAGUGUAAUCUAAUUUCUCCAGAUUGGAGUAAAUUCGGGCCUUCUGACCAGAUGAGAAUUAGAAUUGGAUGAAGUGAAUCUAAAGUAGACUGAAAUGAAUCUUGAGUUCAUUGCUGAAUUUCAUUUGCAAGUGUGUCCAGCAUUACAUGUGUUAAUUUCAUAUUUUGGUUCAAGAGGCUUGGUAUCUUCUUGUGGGGAGAGCUUUGUAGAUGCUACUUUUCUACUACUCUAUGCAAUCUGCUGCUUCACGUAUGCAUAACUGAAAGAUUUGUGCAACUGCCUCUCUAAUGCACUUCCUCCCUGCCCCCUCUGCUCUUAUUUCUUCCCACAUGAAGUAUCAUAUAUUUUGUUAGGAAGAAAAGCCCUUUUGGAAUUGCCUAUUUCAUAAAUUGUAUGGUGACACAAAAGGAUUUAAUGCUGUAUUCUUGUCUCAUUUAUUUUGAAAACUUUGCUACUGAACUCACCUUAAUCAAUGAGCUCACUGUUGUCUCCAAUAAGUUAUGUGUUGGAUAUAUUGAUUGGGAGGGAUUUUAGAAGACCCGUCUGGGGUUUAUAAUGUCAGCAGUGUUUUGAUUAUGAAAAGAGUUGGAACCUGGGGACAUGGAACCAGGUGGCAAAUGUCCUAAAGCCAGUGGUGACAUGGUGGACUGGUUUCCUCCUGGGAUCCAGUUCAUGCCCUGCACUUUAACUGUGGUGACUGGCUACUAUAGAUUCACUUUUUUGCUCAUUAAAAUGUUAAAAAAUCAAACUGUACAUAAAAAGAUUUGUGAAAAUAUAAACUUGGGAAUUGAUCUGGAGAGCUGGCACACAACCCUCCCCACCCCCUGCCUUAGCAAUGAGGUCAUUUACAUUUCAUCAGCUGUGCUGCAUCCCCAAGAUCCGAUUUAUGUGGCAGUAGUUGAAGUUGCACCGAGGCUGGUUGUCUAAAAGAGCUUGUGUAGGCAAGAGAAACGGGAACAAGAACAAAAAAUUACCAUCUACAAAGAAGGUGCCCUAGCCAAAGACACAAGUUCUAGCGAGAAAAAGGGGUUGGUAACUGGUUAAUGACUGAUGUCCCAAUAAAGUUAAUAUUUAAAGACUGUGGGACACUGCCAUGAAUGUGCUGCUCAAAAUAUAUUUAAAUCAGGAUUUUAAAGUUCCCCUUUCUCAGAGAGUCGUAUUUUUCAUAUUCAAAUAAUUGUAUUUUUCUUUGGGAAAAGAGGAUAAGGCAUGAAUGUUUAUAUGUAAGGAAAACAUCUGUAUUAAGAAAAUUGGUUUAUGUAACUUAUUUAUUAAAUUGGUUUAUUGCCGUUUUAAUUUACAGAGAACAUUGCUUGUUUUUCCCUCCCUCUUCCUGUCCUCCCCUUCCCAAAUUAAGAAGUAGAUAUCUCAGGUCUGAAUUUGAUAAUGUGUGAAUAUGCUGAACACAGAGUAGAUGCUCAUUUUUGUUUUUUCUUCUGACAGCACACCACCAUCUUGUUUGAUUUAAAUUGGAAUAUCAAGCUCUUGUAAUAUCACAAACAUGAAGAAACAUAUUGAAGUUCUACAGACUUUGACCAAGUUUUGUUUCCCCUUCUAUGUUGACAGCCUCACAGUUAGCCAAGUUGGCCAGAACUUCACGUUCGUGCUCACUGACAUUGACAGCAAACAGAGAUUCGGGUUCUGCCGCUUAUCUUCAGGAGCGAAGAGCUGCUUCUGUAUCUUAAGCUAUCUCCCCUGGUUCGAGGUAUUUUAUAAGCUACUUAACAUCCUGGCAGAUUACACGACAAAAAGACAGGAAAAUCAGUGGAAUGAGCUCCUUGAAACUCUGCACAAACUUCCCAUCCCUGACCCAGGAGUGUCUGUUCAUCUCAGCGUGCAUUCUUAUUUUACUGUGCCUGAUACCAGAGAACUUCCCAGCAUACCUGAGAAUAGAAAUCUGACAGAAUAUUUUGUGGCGGUGGAUGUCAACAACAUGUUGCAUCUGUAUGCCAGUAUGCUCUACGAACGCCGGAUACUCAUCAUUUGCAGCAAACUCAGCACUCUGACUGCCUGCAUCCACGGGUCGGCGGCGAUGCUCUACCCCAUGUACUGGCAGCACGUGUACAUCCCUGUGCUGCCACCGCAUCUGCUGGACUACUGCUGUGCUCCCAUGCCCUACCUCAUAGGAAUCCAUUUAAGUUUAAUGGAGAAAGUCAGAAACAUGGCCCUGGAUGAUGUCGUGAUCCUGAAUGUGGACACCAACACCCUGGAAACCCCCUUUGAUGACCUCCAGAGUCUCCCAAAUGACGUGAUCUCUUCACUGAAGAACAGGCUGAAGAAGGUCUCCACAACCACUGGGGAUGGUGUGGCCAGAGCCUUCCUCAAGGCCCAGGCUGCUUUCUUCGGUAGCUACCGAAACGCUCUGAAAAUCGAGCCGGAGGAGCCGAUCACUUUCUGUGAGGAAGCCUUCGUGUCCCACUACCGCUCUGGAGCCAUGAGGCAGUUCCUGCAGAACGCCACGCAGCUGCAGCUCUUCAAGCAGUUUAUUGAUGGUCGAUUAGACCUUCUCAAUUCCGGCGAAGGUUUCAGUGAUGUUUUUGAAGAGGAAAUCAACAUGGGCGAGUACGCUGGCAGUGACAAACUGUACCAUCAGUGGCUCUCCACUGUCCGGAAAGGAAGUGGAGCAAUUCUGAAUACCGUAAAGACGAAAGCAAACCCGGCCAUGAAGACUGUCUACAAGUUUGCAAAAGAUCAUGCAAAAAUGGGAAUAAAAGAGGUGAAAAACCGCUUGAAGCAAAAGGACAUUGCCGAGAAUGGCUGCGCCCCCACCCCCGAGGAGCAGCUGCCGAAGACUGCACCGUCCUCACUGGUGGAGGCCAAGGACCCCAAGCUCCGAGAAGACCGGCGGCCAAUCACAGUCCACUUUGGACAGCUGCAGAGACUCCGUCCCACCCGACUGCCUCCCAAGAUACAGCGCUCGAGGCCCGUGCGCCCACCUCGUCCACAUGUCGUUAAGAGACCAAAGAGCAACAUCACAGUGGAAGGCCGGAGGACGUCUGUGCCCAGCCCUGAGCACCUGGUAAAGCCCUUGCGACACUAUGCGGUCUUCCUCUCCGAAGACUCCUCUGACGAUGAAUGCCGGCGGGAAGAGGGCCCGAGCUCUGGCUUCACCGAGAGCUUUUUCUUCUCUGCUCCCUUUGAAUGGCCGCAGCCGUAUAGGACACUCAAGGAGUCAGACAGUGCGGAAGGCGACGAGGCAGAGAGUCCAGAGCAGCGUAUGCGGAAGCCCGUGGGCCCUGUCCCAGCUCCCCCUGACCGAGCUGCCAGCAUUGACCUUCUGGAAGACGUCUUCAGCAACCUGGACAUGGAGGCCCCACUGCAGCCACUGGGCCAGGCCAAGAGCCUGGAGGACCUUCGUGCCCCCAAAGACCUGAGGGAGCAGCCAGGGACCUUUGACUAUCAGAGGCUGGACCUGGGCGGGAGCGAGAGGAGCCGCGGGAUGGCGGUGGCCUUGAAGCUUGCCCACCCAUACAACAAGCUCUGGAGCCUGGGCCAGGACGACAUGGCCAUCCCCAGCAAGCCCCCAGCUGCCUCGCCUGAGAAGCCCUUGGCCCUACUCGGGAACUCCCUGGCCCUGCCUCGAAGGCCCCAGAACCAGGACAGCAUCCUGAACCCCAGUGACAAGGAGGAGGUGCCCACCCCUACUCUGGGGAGCAUCACUAUCCCCCGGCCCCAAGGCAGGAAGACCCCAGAGCUGGGCAUUGUGCCUCCACCACCUGUUGCCCGCCCGGCCAAGCUCCAGGCUGCCGGCACCGAACUUGGUGACUUCUCAGAACAGCCGCAGACGGAUCAGGGAAGGCGAGCUGCCCUGAGCCCUGCCCUGUUCCCAGGGCUCCUCCCUCGUGUUGCCCCCCAAGGCCCCACCGAACUGCUCCAGCCGCUCAGCCCCGGCCCCGGAGCUUCGGGCACUAGCAGUGACGCGCUGCUCGCCCUCCUGGACCCGCUGAGCACAGCCUGGUCAGGCAGCACCCUCCCGCCACGCCAUACUGCCCCAAAUGCAGCCACCCCAUUCACCCCCCAAUUCACCUUCCCCUCUGCGGGGACACCCACUCCAUUCCCACAGCCACCACUCAACCCCUUUGUCCCAUCCAUGCCAGCGGCCCCACCCACCCUGCCCCUGGUCUCCACACCAGCCGGGCCUUUCGGGGCCCCUCCGGCUUCCCUGGGGUCGGCUUUUGCAUCUGGCCUCCUGCUGUCCAGCGCUGGCUUCUGUGCCCCUCACAGGUCUCAGCCCAACCUCUCCGCCCUCUCCAUGCCCAACCUCUUUGGCCAGAUGCCCAUGGGCACGCACACCAGCCCCCUACAGCCACUGGGCCCUCCAGGAGUCCCCCCCUCAAGGAUUCGAACGUUGCCCCUGGCCCGCUCAAGUGCCAGGGCUGCUGAGGCCAAGCAGGGGCUGGCCCUGAGGCCUGGAGACCCCCCGCUUCUGCCUCCCAGGCCUCCCCAAGGUCUGGAGCCAGCACUGCGGCCCUCUGCUCCUCAGCAGGCCAGAGACCCCUUUGAGGAUCUGUUACUGAAAACCAAGCAAGACGUGAGCCCGAGUCCAGCCCCGGCCCCAGCCCCAGGCUCAGUGGAGCAGCUCAGGAAGCAGUGGGAGACCUUCGAGUGAGCCAGGCCCUGAGGUGGGGAUGUGCCGAGGCCUGAGCGUCCGUCCACAGCUGCACUUCUGAGGCUUCCCCACCACUCUCUGCCCAGGUUCUGCUGAUGGGAAGGGAUGGGACCCCUCUCUGCUGCCCCCUCCUCCCCUCCACACUGCUCAUCUCUGAGGUCUGGCCCUGGGGAAUGGCACCAGCUCCAGCCUGGGAAUCAACCCACUUCCUGGAUGCCCAUCCACCCCAUGGUUGCCCCUCCUUGGCACCCUUGAUUGGGUUUUGCACUAAAGAGGUCAGCUGGGCCAGUCAUUGCCCCAGACUGAGUCCUACCCACCUUCCCUCUGGAAGUGUCCCGAGAGGCUCCAAAGGCCAGCUCUCCUGUCCCCACCACAGCCAGGCCCUGCACGCCCACCUCCUUGGACACAGGUGGCAGUGUUACGCUCCAGUGUGAGCUCAUCUGCACAAGAUACAGGCGACUGCGGGGUUGGAGGUAGGACUCCCCCUGCUCUGGAGGGUUAACCUGGUGGGGCACUUCCAGAUUGUUCUAGCAAUACACACACUUGUGCUUUCCUGUGUCUUCACCCCAAAACUUGUUGAUUCUGACCUGGUAGGAUCUGGGGACCAGGAAGUCUUGGGCUGCCUUGUGAUGGCCAAACCCAGCCCCAGCCACCCUGCAUGGUGGCUGCGAGCACCAGCAAUUUGGAUUUGUAGAAGGAAACUAAGAACCCUAGUGUUUAAGGAGCCCCCAGCCCUUGUCCUGCUCUCUGGCACUCUGAUACCUCCAGGUUCUCCUGGUCUCUCCUAUCACUGUCAAAGCUGGGGGCUCAGCCUCUUGUCAUCUGGGGCUUUGUGGACAAAGCUGGGUAGCUGCGACCCAGAUUUCAACUCGAAGGUCAAGCUUAAUGCCUCAGACUUGAGGUGGAAGGCACAGCUCCUUGGCCUUCCUAGGUUGGAACUGGGCCAGUGGCCAUAAGCCCCUUCACCAGGGAGAAAGGACACACUUGGCCUCUGCCUCCUGGAAGCAGGAGGAGGGCUGGAAGCCAGUCCCUCCGCACCUGACCAGAGCUCUAGGCCAGCACAGAAAGUCCUGAGGCUAACAUCACCAAAGUUAGAUUGAAUGUUUUAUUAUUUUUCCUUUUUACCUUAUUGAUUUGAGGAAUCGUGAAAUUGAUUCAUUUCCAUAAACCAAGUUAAAGUACAGCCCGACCAUGUAAGAAAACAACCAUCUGAGACAUGCAGGAAAUUGUGAGCAUUUCCACCCGAGCUCUCAUUUCCUAUUUUUGAAGGGUCAGACACAGUCUCCCCAAGGGUGUCUGAGGGGUCUCUGGAGGUCUCUGUCACCCAGGGACCCCCUCUGUGAGAAGCCGCCACUGUUGCACAUGGUCGGUGAGGCUUGGCGGCCAUCCUGGGUCACCCAAGACCUAUCUGGCGCAGGGGUGGGCUCUGGCUGCUGGGGAAGCCAUGUCACUCCUGGGCCAUGGCAGCACCCCCCAGGCACUUGGGUAUUUCAGCAUAGAUUCCAGUUUCGCUCCCUGGGCAGACUACCCAGGCCUCAUCUGGGACAGGGCAGAGGAGGAGAGGAGGCGUUGGUGGCCCCCACGAAGGAGGGUGGAGCCUGAGGGUGAGUGUCCCAUGUUCACACAAGCACUGCUCUCUUCACUUGUGGGACUGACUUUGCAAACCCAAGGAUGAACUUUGUGUGCGCAUUCAAUAAAAUCAUCUUGGGGAAAGGCUGGCA